CACCACGUGAGGGUUAUAUUCCAAGUUCGGAGUAGUCAGAAGAACUUGUGUUUAUCUGUAUGUUUUCAAUUGUUUUCAACAAAAUCUGCCUAUUUGUUUUUCUGCCUUUUCGCAGCAAAUGAAGAAGAUGAGAAGGCAAAGCAGGCUGGGCCAGACGGUGAACGCCACGGGCUCAAGAGACAGCGGGAUGAGAAGGAAGAGCAUGGCCGGGCUUAUUUUGAGUUUCGAGAGGAAGCUUACAAUAGCCGAUCUAAGUCUCCGCCACCCCCAGAAGAAGAGCCUAGGGCAGAGGAUGAUGAGACUCUCGUGAUCCUGGACACAUAUACAUCUGAUCUCCACUUCAAAGCCACCAAGGACCGCUAUGGAGGGCAACCUCUGUUUUCUGAGAAGUUCCCCAAUCUCUGGUCUGGGGCGAGAAGCACACAUGGGGUGAAAGGGGGGAAAGUCUGCUUUGAGGCGAAGGUGGCGCAAAAUCUGCAACUCAAGGAAGGCUGCACGGAGAACCAGCUGCUCCGCGUUGGGUGGUCCGUUGAUCUCUCUCGCUCCCAGCUAGGUGAGGAUGAAUUUUCUUACGGCUAUGAUGGACGAGGGUUGAAGGCUGAAAAUGGGCAGUUUGAAGAAUUUGGCCAGCCCUUUGGGGAGAACGAUGUGAUCGGCUGUUUUGCCAACUUCGAAAGCGAAGAGGUGGAGCUGUCCUUCUCCAAGAACGGGGAGGACCUGGGCGUGGCCUUCCAAAUCAGCAAAGAGCUGCUGGGUGACAAGGCCCUCUUGCCCCACGUGCUGUGCAAGAACUGUGCCGUGGAGCUGAACUUCGGCCAGAAAGAAGAGCCCUUCUUCCCAGUUCCUGAGGACUAUGUGUUCAUUCAUGCCGUCCCUGUUGAGGAGCGUGUGCGCACCCCACCACCCCCCAAAGCGCCUGCAAAAUGUGAGGUUUUGCUUAUGGUUGGGUUGCCAGGCUGUGGGAAAACGUUUUGGGCACAGAAGCACACCCAGGAGAAUCAGGACAAGCGCUUCAACAUCUUGGGGACCGAUAACAUCCUGUACCAAAUGAAGACGAAAGGUCCCGUGGUUGAAGAAGCACUGCCCACCGAAGCUCGAGAUUCGCUGCUUCAGCAAGCGGCCCGUUGCGUGAGCAAGCUGGUCCAGAUUGCACCCCGGACAAGGAGGAAUUUUAUUCUCGAUCAGUGCAACGUCUACAAUUCCGGCCAACGGAGAAAACUGCUCCCUUUCAAGGGCUUCGUUCGCAAGGUGGUAGUGCUGGUGCCCAAGGAAGAAGAUUGGGUGGAUAGACUGGAGCAGAGAGAGAAAGCUGAAGGGGAGAACGUGCCGGAGUCAGUGAUGCUUGAAAUGAAAGCCAACUUCUCUCUUCCGGACAAGUGCGACUACAUCGACGAAGUCCUCUACCAAGAGCUGGCAAAAGAGGAGGCGCAGCCUCUCGUCACCAAAUACAAGGAAGAGGCCCGGAAGCUGCUCCCACCCUCCGAGAAGCGGACGAACCGCCGGAACAACCGGAACAAACGCAACCGCCAGAAUCGCAACCGCGGCCAGGGCUAUGUCGGAGGUCAGCGCCGGGGCUACAACAAUCGAGCAUACGGACAGCAGCAGUACUGGGGGCAACCUGGAAACAGAGGCGGCUAUCGUAACUUCUACGACAGCUACAGAGGCAGGGAUUACAGUCGCUUCUACGGACGUGAUUACGAGUACAACAGAUACCGAGACUACUACAGGGACUACAACCGAGAGUGGCAGAACUACUACCAAGACAGAGAUCGAUACUACAGGAAUUACUACGGAUACCAGGGGUACCGGUGAAACCCCCUGCCGUCUCCGCCCUUCAGCCAAGCAGCAAGGCUCAACGGAGGGGGGACGUCCACCACUUCUCCAGAAGCAAGCAAUGGAAACGGGGCUGUCGGGGAAAGAGUGGUGGCAGGGUUCAAGAGGGUGGGAGGGGGAGGUUUAAAACAAAACAAAAAAAAAUUGUAAAUUUUUUUUUUAAAGUUUGUUGGAAAAAUAUUGUCUUAUUCUAUAAAAAAAACAAAAAAAACCACAUUUCGAACCUAGUUUAGACAUUUGUAAUCAAAACGUUUGCGUGGAAAAAAAGAGAGCAGCACUUAAGGCUUUCUAUGAUCGGACAGGAAAAUGAGACAUCAUAGAGUGGCUGAGCUGGCAGCUGAGGGGGGGAACAGGAGGGGCAGGGCUUGUGCGUUGAGGGCGAAGCUAACAGAAGUGGGGACGACCCAGGGAGGGGUGCAGGAAAACAGCUGGCUCUUGGGGUGUGGGGAGGUGGAUUGUUGAGCCAUUUUGUGUGUAAACCCAGGGGGGUUGUGUCUACACCAGUGAUUCUCAGCCUUGGCAAUUUGAAGACGUGGACUUCAACUCCCAGAAUUCCCCAGCCAGCAUGGCUGGAUGGGGAAUUCUGGGAGUUGUAGUCCACACGUCUUCAAGUCGCCGAAGUUGAGAAACACAGGUCUACGUGUUCUUUCCGAGGCCGAGGGAAUCGUGGCAUCAGUUUGGCAGCUGCAAGGACACCUUUAGCAUUUGGUAGCCCCCGGGAGAAGGUGUAGGUCUUUCCUGCUCUUUCACCAUUAGGCCCAUAUUUUCAGACAGUGAAUUGCUGGGUGGCCUGUUGGACGUUGGGUGCCGCAGGUUGGAGGCUCCUUCCGACAUUUCUCGCUGCCUCUCCUUCGAAACGUCAAGGCCGGCUUGUGAUCCCUCUGACCGAAAGAGACCCAGGGUGGAUUUCGGCCACUUGUCCCGGGCCGAAGCCAGUUUGCGCUCUCCUCCCGAGCCUCAGCUGGCCCUUUUAUCAUCUCUGUAUAGAACCUAUGUCCUCCUCCUCCUCUUCUACUUCUUUUUUUUUCCCUUUAUAGUGGAGUGAAAGGAACAUAUCUCUCAGGGUUUCUGCAGGAUCUUCUCAUUGUUAGCACCUGACAUGUAUAUAGGUAAAACUGUGCUAGCACGUCACUUUCAACUUCCGAGUAGCUUUAUGCUGAGAAUCGAAAGUUUUUUUUAUACUGUCAAGUGCGGGGCGGGGGUGGGAGUGGGGAGCCAAAUCAUCCUGUGGUUGUUGUGGUUUUGAUAAAUUGAUAGCCUCUGUAUAUAAAGUGGGGAAGGGGAGAAGAUCUGCAUCGAGGGGUUUGACAGGUGUGUAUGUUUCUGGCUCUGGAAAUGGUUUUUGGUUUUUUUUUUGAACCCAGCCUUCUGACUGCUUAGUUCUCUUUCCCCUAAAGAUCAAAUAUACAUCUUUCAGUCUUCUUCCUCCUCUUUUUCUUCUUCUUCUUCCUCCUCUUUAAAUAUUCUCAUUUCCCUCCCCCCCACGUCUGGUGUGCCCAGCUUUAAAAUUUCAGUAUCAUCUCGAGAGGGCGUCCAAUUGGGCAGACAGACGGAAAGUGAAGUCAGAAAAGAUUAGCGGCUGGCGCUGUAUGGGAGAGGGACAGAACAGAGUUUGCAGGAGAUCCGAUUAUUAAUGGAUUGAAUUAAAUUUGUCUUUCUCGGCUUCUCUCACUGAACAAAGGGGUUGGGAGCCUCGCUAUCCCUGGAUGCCCUCCCCCCUGCAUUGUGUAAAUACCCCCCUGUUUCCUGGCCCUGCUUGUCUCCAGCUUGGCUAAUUAUGUCUGAUUCCCAACCACAGGAAUUGAAGAUUUGCCUCUGUUCCUUGUGAUUCACUGUUUGAAAUUCAAACUUUUUAAAUUUGUGGGGUUUUUUUUUUCCUUUUUUAAAUGUUGGCUGUUUUUUUUUUUUUU